CUACCUUUAUAGUAGGAUUGGCGAGAUGUCGAAGUUAUGCCUUAAAGAUUUUGAUGCAUACGGAUUUGACCUCGACCACACACUUGCAAAGUACAACUUAGUGAACCAAAUACAGCUAACAUAUAACAGUCUAGUCGACUUUCUUGUACACCAACGAGGGUAUGACCCAGAGAUCCGGACUGAUGUUGGACUUCACAAGGAUUUUAUUUGCAAGGGUUUAUUUGUUGAUACUGAACAAGGCAACAUAAUAAAGCUGUCUCAUUCUGGGAAGAUUCUAAGGGGCAGUCAUGGUAUGGGUAUGUUAUCACAGGAAGAGCUGGUCUCAGCCUAUGGUCCAAACCUCAUAUGGGAGCAUUAUGAGCAUGCGAGGGAGGCAGUCAGAGCUAGAGCUGGAAAUCAGAAGUUCGCAUUUUGGGAGAAUUAUUUUGAUGUUCCUGGAAUUUUGGUAGCAGCCCAGGUUAUUGACUACUUAGACAAAAAGAAUGGUAGUCCACUGCCCAGUUAUCGAGAACUCAUCUGGAAAGAUCUCCUGGCAGCAUUUGAGCACAACUACAGAUUUCAGGCUUUUGAAGAGACGUCGGGGUAUUUCUUCCCUGUCCUAAAGCAAACCCCUAGCAAGUACUACCAGCCGAGUAGCGAGGGAGUGAAGCAGUGGUUGUUGGACCUCAAACAGAACAACAAGUGUGUCUUCCUCACAACAUCAUCACAUAUAGACUAUGCCAGCCUAACCGCCUCCACCAUUUUAGGGGAAGACUGGAAGUCAUACUUUGAUAUAAUUGUUACCAACGCCAGAAAACCAGGCUUCUUUCAGGACCAAAAACCAUUCCUUUCUCUAGAUGGUGUCAAAGAACACGAGGUUGUAGACUAUAACAGUCUUCAGCAACAUGGUGUUUAUUCUAGUGGUAACCAUAGUGAUCUCGAGAAAUUCAUUUCCAAAUUAACCGGAGCAGAUAAACCAAAGGUUGUAUACUUUGGAGACAGCCUGUGUUCUGAUGCAUUUCCAGUCAAGACCCUGACUAACUGGGACCUGAUUCUUGUGUUGGAGGAGAUGGAAGCGGAGGGAUACCAUCCCCAUGACAACACGCACCACUACUGGGAACCGGAGGAACGUGACAGGAAAAUAGUUCGAAAUGUUAACCUGUGUGUGGACGAGGAAGAGGAGGCGUAUCUGCUGUCGCAGCAGUGGGGAUCGUUUUUCUACCACCCCGAGGCCGACCCCCUUCACGACCGACACAUGAACACGUUCUGGGGGGAACUCAUCACCAAGUACACCGACAUCGCCAUCCCCAGCAUGGAGUACAUUGCCGGUUUACCACUGGACCAUCAGUUUACCCGGUUUGACCACAGUGUUGAUGGCAGCACAGACGGAUUCUCUCCCGCUAAACCGAAACCGUUACUACCACUUGUGCUGUCUGAUUAAAGCGUUUUUUGUGAAAUACGACUUGCUUAUUAUUAUUUAAACUGCCGAGGGUUUCCAGUGUUCACAAUUUCUCUUUUAAACGUGUUCAGGCGCAUGGUUCUGUUUUUGGUUCUAUUUGUUAUUUUCCUUUGAUAUGCUCAGGUUGUAUAAACUUAUUUACAAUU